AUGUCUACUGAUUCGUUUACUGAUUCGUCUUCUCAGCCGCAAAAACGGCCUACUGUGCUAUUGUGCAUUGGCAUGGCGGGUUCUGGUAAAACUACCUUUAUGCAGCGUUUGAAUGCCCAUCUUCACAGUGUCAAAAAGCCACCAUAUGUAUUAAAUCUUGAUCCAGCAGUUACUCAACUUCCGUUCACCGCUAAUAUUGAUAUUCGAGAUACAGUGAAUUACAAGGAAGUGAUGAAGCAAUAUAAUUUAGGACCGAAUGGAGGGAUUUUGACAAGUCUAAACCUUUUUACUACAAAAUUUGAUCAAGUACUUGAAUUCAUUUCCAAACGCGCACCAACACUUGAGCAUAUCAUUGUGGACACGCCUGGCCAAAUCGAAAUUUUCACGUGGUCCGCAUCUGGGGCUAUAAUUACCGAUGCUAUGGCGGCAACGUAUCCAUGCGUAGUAGCAUACGUUAUAGAUACACCACGAACAACAAGCCCAGCAACAUUUAUGAGCAAUAUGUUAUAUGCUUGCAGUAUUUUAUAUAAAACAAAACUUCCAUUCAUAUUGGUUUUCAAUAAAACCGACGUCGUUUCGCACGAAUUCGCAGUGAGAUGGAUGACAGAUUUUGAAACAUUUCAGCAAGCUUUGCAAAAAGAUUCGAGUUAUAUGAGCAGUCUUAUGAAUUCUAUGUGCUUGGUUGUUGGGGUCUCAGCCAUAACAGGUGCUGGAAUGGAUGAAUUUUUUAAAGCAGUAGAUGAAGCAGUCAAAGAAUAUGAGACAGCACUUAACAAGGCCGAACGGCAGGAAGACAAGAAACAAGCACAGCUAACAAGACUAAUGAAAGACAUGGAUGUAUCAGAUUCUUCUUCAAGAGCAGGUAAUAUUAAUAAUGUAUAUCCGUCGACAAUAUGA